AUAAUCGGUAAUAUUAUAACAGGCAUGAAAAAUGUGUUUCCCUCGUUUGAUAUAUAUUGUUGUUAUUAAUUACUGACGAGCUGGACUAAUAUGAGACGUACAGUAAAAAAGGCUAGCAGAAAUUCAAGUGGUUAUUUCUAACGAAGAAAUAUAUAUCCGAAGCGGUUGCAAAAAUGGGUUGGACAUUUAUAUCUUUUUUAAGCUGCUUACCACUAGUAUUUUCUUUUCCUGAAACUGAUGUCUCAAGCUUUUUCGAUACACAAGGACCUAGUUUCUCAAUCGAACCUCCUGGUAGAAUCGACUUUAUGAACAAUGCGGGAAACACAGUCGAUUGUGCUGCUACUGGAAACCCCCCACCAAUUAUUCAGUGGCUCGAUAAAGAAAAUAAUCCUAUUUCAUCAAUUUUUAAGACUCGUCAUAUUUUGGCUAAUAGCUCCCUAUAUUUUCAACCUUUUGCUGCUGAAGAGUUCCGUCAGGAUGUACAUUGGUCAAUCUAUCGUUGUUCUGCCAGUAACAGUGUAGGAACCAUUAUAUCCAAAGAUGUUGUGGUCAGAGCUGUGGUUUAUCAACGUUAUGAACCUGAAGUACAAAAUCCCGGUGGAUUUCUUGGCAGCAAUGUACUUAUAAAAUGUACAAUUCCCUCGUUUGUAAAAGAGUAUGUAACAGUAACAUCGUGGCUACAAGAGCCGAAUUUCAACAUUUACCCAUCACUUGAAGGCGAUGGAAAAAAUCAUAUGUUGCUAACUGGGGAGCUAUUGGUUUAUAACAUAACAAAAAGUGAUGCCCAAAAAGUAUAUCGCUGUCGCACACAUCAUAAGUUAACGCAAGAUUCCGUAGUGAGCAACAACGUCGGAAAAAUUCAACUAACGGAAAUGCGUGAACUUGUUCCUCCAAUUAUGAAUGAAAAAACUACUAAGCUGAUGAUCAGAGCAGGAGAUCCAUUAGUAGUUGCAUGUGUGGCAUAUGCAAAUCCAAAACCUACCUACAGAUGGCAUACAAACCGUGCAAGUACUGAGGAUUCAAUCCAGCAUAUGCUGGCUACUGGAAGGGCUAAGACAAAAGAUGGUACUCUUAUUAUAUCGGCCGUUAUAAAAGCCGAUAAUGGUGUUUUUUUUUGCACUGUGACAAAUUCAGAGGGAACCGAAACUUUCAAAGUAGAUUUAUCUGUAACAUCUGCAUUAAGCGCAAGCAUACAGCCCGUCGUACAGACAGUUAGUCUGGGUCAUACUGCUGAUUUAGUUUGCAGUAUAUCUGGAUUUCCAAGACAAAAUGUUAUUUGGAUGAAAGAUGGUGGUACUUUACGCACAGGUUCUCGUGUCCGACUCUUAUCCAAUGAGCGUAUUCAUAUCUUGUCUAUCGUAAAGGAGGAUAAAGGAAUGUAUCAAUGUAUUCUGAAAAACGAUUUUGAAUCAACACAGAGCUCCGCUGAAUUAAGAUUAGGAGAAGUUGCCCCUCAGUUGCUCUACAAAUUCAUUGAGCAAACUAUGCAGCCAGGUCCAUCCGUAUCAUUAAAAUGCAGCGCUAGUGGAAAUCCGACACCAAAAAUUGUGUGGUAUGUGGAUGGGUUUCCUUUGCCUAACAAUGAAAGACUUAUGAUCGGUCAAUAUGUGACCAUGUUUGGUGAUGUUAUAUCUCAUGUAAAUAUUACGGCAGUAAAGUCAGAAGACGGAGGAGACUAUGAAUGUAGAGCUCUCUCAAAGGCUGGAGUGGCAUCGCACUCUGCUCGCCUCAAUAUAUAUGGAAUGCCGUACAUACGUCAUAUGCCAAAGCUUUCGGCAGUUGCUGGAAAGGUUUUUACACUCAAGUGUCCUAUAGCUGGAUACCCAAUCGACACAAUUAACAUUGAAAAAGACGGCAUAAGGUUACCUAUCAACAUAUGACAGCGUAUUCAAAACGGAACCCUAACUAUUGAAAAUGUGCAGCGCGGUGCGGAUCAGGGCACCUACACUUGUAUAGCUCGGAAUAAGCAUAAUUAUACUUCUCAGCGGUCCGUUGAAGUUCAAGUUUUAGUUCCGCCCAAGAUUACACCAUUCUCAUUCGCACGCGAUCUGAAUGUCGGCGACCGUACAAGCAUUCAGUGCGUUAUUGGCACCGGGGACCUGCCGCUUUCAUUCACGUGGCUAAAGGACGGGCAUCUUCUGCAAGCAACCGCCUCAUCCGAUGGUGUUAGCGGUGGGCUUAGUGGUACCGGUGGCGCUGCUGUUAUGAGUUCUGGCUUUGUAUCAACCUCAUCCAUCUCUUCCUCCUCACCGACAACUUUUCAACAACAAUAUGAACACAUCGUUUCGAAUGAAAAUGGUCGUAGCGGUGGUGAAGGUAGUGGCCUAGUGACAAUUCGCCAAAAUGAUGAUUUCACCAGUGCCCUAAGCAUCACAAGUGUGACGUGGGCCCAAAGCGGCACGUACACAUGUCGCGUUCAAAACGACGCCGCAACUGUAACGCACUCUGCACAGCUAAAAGUUAAUGUACCGCCAAGAUGGGUCCUAAAACCUGCUGACCAAGAUGCAAUACUGGGUAAUUUAGUCAUAAUGUCAUGUAAUGCUGAUGGGUUUCCUGAGCCUACCCUUCAAUGGAAGCAAUCUAUCGGAGACUCCGGGGAAUAUCGAGAAUUGAAUUAUGGAAUUAGCAAUGGAAACUCACACUCUGUUAUAGAGACCUACGCCAAUGGUUCACUAAUUAUAUCCAAGGUCGGACGAGAGCACGAGGGAAACUAUUUAUGUCAGGCAAACAAUGGAAUUGGAGUAGGACUGAGUACACUAAUAAAAUUGACGGUUCAUGUGGGUCCUUCGGUAACUGUUUCAAAAAAAAUGUUUACCAUACGACGCGGUGAUCGCGUAACAAUAGCCUGUGAAGCAACUGGAGAUCGGCCGUUGGAAAUGUCCUGGAGAGCCAAAGCUAAUAAAAUUGAUCCUUCCUAUGAUAUACGAUAUCACAUAAAAAAUUCCCCUUUAGCUUAUGGAGUUUUAUCUGAACUAACAAUAUUACAGACGGCUCUUACUGAUAGAGGAGAAUAUUCAUGCAUUGCCAACAACGCCUACGGCCAUGAUAGAUCUGUCGUACAUUUGCAGGUUCAAGAACCACCAACUUUUCCUGUUAACUUACACGUUAUGGAUUUGGGAAGCCGUUCUGUAACAAUGGCAUGGUCGCCAAAUGAUCAGGAUUCAGUAAUUUUAGGUGGUGGUGGAGGAAACAACCGAGACUCUCAACCAAUAUCAAAUUACAUAUUACAAUAUAAGAAGUCAGGAGAUGUUUGGCAUGAACAUAAUAACCAAAAGCUUAUACCUGGGGACAGAACUACUGCACAAUUAGGGUCACUGAAGCCAGCACAGUCAUAUCACAUUCGUCUGUAUGCAGAAAAUCAUUUAGGUACAAGUGCUCCAAGUGAUGUUUUGUUCUUUCAAACUGAUUCGGAAGUACCAUCUGCACCUCCUCAAGAUGUAACUGCUGAACCUUUGGGAUCGCAACAGCUACUGAUAACAUGGCGUGCUCCUGUGCGGGAUACCUGGAAUGGGGAAUUGUUAGGUUAUACCAUUACAUAUCAAAAACAUAACUCCCAAAAUAGGUUAAAAAAUAAUACGAAGGUUAGUAGCUUAAGAACAGAAGGUCUAAAUGACUUCCGCUUGAUCGAAUUGGAAAAGUAUACGCAAUAUGCAAUUACAAUAUCAGCCUAUAAUGUAAAAGGUGAUGGGCCCCCAAGCGAAGUAGCACUAGGUCAUACAUUAGAAGACGCCCCCUCGGCAAGCCCCCAAUCCGUGUCAUGCAUUGCCCUAACUGCACAAAAUAUUCAAAUAUCUUGGCAGUCCCCACCCAAGGAAUUAAGUCAUGGAAUUAUUCAAGGAUACAAGAUAUUCUAUGAACCAGUAUAUUUGGAAAACGAGUACAACGGACGAGAAACUAAGAUUACAUCAGCUCAGAGCACUGUACUUCAUGGACUCCAUCCGUUUACAAAUUACAGCGUUAAGGUUUUGGCUUUUACUCGUGCUGGUGAAGGUAAUUUAAGUCCUGCUGUAUCGUGUAUGACUGAGGAGGCAGUUCCUGAUGCACCAGAACGUGUUAAAUCGAUUGUGAGUACUGAAUCCUCAGUAAUUAUUAGCUGGCUUUCACCACGACGGCCCAAUGGGUUGAUAACUAAGUAUAAUGUAUUCAUAAGAGUACUUGAAAAGGGUCAGGAACUAAAAAUUCUAAAGGAGGUUCUUCCAGCCCAUAAUCGGCAUUUCGAAGCCAAAGACUUAAAUAUGAAAGAAGUAUAUGAGGCUUGGGUGACAGCUUCCACUAGAGUGGGCCAAGGUCCUAGCACACCAGUUAUUAAACUAAUACCCAAUACGCUAGUACCAGCAGCUAUAAUUUCAUUUAGUCAGACACUGAGUGUUAGUUGGAGAGCCGAUAUUAAAUUGACAUGCGUCUUUGUGGGUCACCCAAAAGCGACGGCAGAGUGGAAGGUUUUAAACACUCGUUUAAAAAAACAUAUUCGCAUGGAAGUAAACAAUGACAAUACAUUGAGUCUCCGGAACAUUCAACGGCCUAACGAAGGAAAUUACUCCUGUGUUGUGAGAAACCCGAUUGGUUCUGACCAUAUAACAUAUCAGCUAUUUGUACAAGUGCCGCCUUCAGCUCCAAUAGUCUCCGUAAAUUCGGUUCACAAAAACUCAGUAUCUGUACAAUGGAGAGUAGAUGAUAUUGGUGGUGCACCGUUGAAAGGCUUCACAUUGACUUUCAGACGCGAGCCUGCCGAAUGGGAGGAACUACAAUUGGAUCGCCGUAUUAACUCUUACGUCUUAGAGAAUCUUCAAUGCGGAACAAGAUAUCAGUUCACAAUCAAUACAUAUAAUAGAAUAGGCACGAGUCCUUCUAGCGAAGUAGAAUCAGUAAAAACAAAAGGGGGUAAGCCCAUUGCGCCGACGGCUCAGAGUUUUAUUCGUUUGAAUACAACAUCGAUUACAUUGGAUCUAUCUUCGUGGCAAGACGGUGGGUGCCCCAUACUGUAUUUCAGUAUAGAAUUCAAGCUGCAUGAAUCUUCUACUGAAUGGAUAAUAGUUUCUAACAAAAUUGAAACAAAUGCAAGAUACAAUAUAGGCGACUUAGACCCCGGAACUGCAUAUAACUUACGAGUGACAGCCCACAACAAUGGCGGAUCCACUCAAAAGGAGUUCUAUUUUAAAACAUUAGACUUCGUAGAGAUAAAAAAUGAAUUGGGUCGUGCAGAGCUGCCCAACGUCCAUACUGUAUUCAGCGAUGCUCAUCUUUUAGCUGUAAUUGUGUCCUCCAUUUUUGGAACUAUUCUCGCAUUAAUUGGAGCUUUAAUAUGCUUUAAAAAUUAUCCUCGCAACGGAUUUGCGAGUAACGAGAUCUCACUGAGGUCCCCUAGAGCCACAGAAGGCAAGGGUAUUCAACCCCGAGAACACUUCUAUGGUACGGUACGAAAAUCUUGUCAACAAUCUCCUCCUGAAUCAGUUAUCGGACUCGAACGCAUACCAGAAUACUCAGAAGAUAUAUAUCCUUACGCAACAUUUCAUUUACCAGAGCAUGAAAACCAAUCGGGGAAUAUCUCACUAAGUCAUACAGGAAAAUCAGUAAACUAUGACUCUCGAUUAGCGGAUGAAAGUACCUUAUGUAGCUCUGGGACAAAAGUAAAAAGGUCUGCUUCAACCAGUAUGAGCGGCGCCAACGCAAACAUAGAGGGUUGUGAUGAAUAUAAUCACUUAAAUACUGAAAAGAGACAAAAGCGUCGAUCAAAUAUAAUAAAGUCUGAGUCAGAAGAAUAUGACAGUUUGAAUAGCGACAGCGAGCUAAGUGGCGAGCGCGUCAAACAAGAUUGUCGAUUUUCUCAUGAAGCAUCAGGUGGUGAGGAUAGUGGAUUUACAGUUUACAGUCGUCUAAAUACUCUUAAUCAAAACCAAAAACCAAUACGAUAUAGGAAUGGCCAUCUGUUCCAUUGACAUUUGUUCUGUUUUAAAAAAGUGUAACAGCAGGCUUUCUCGGUUGGUUUCAAAAAUUCUAUUACCAUGACUUAAAUACACUGCUUAUUGUGCUAUGACCGAAGACUUAGCUAACUGACUAGUUGGAAAAAUAGAGAUAGCCGUGGGAAAUUCCUGCAGUCAGAGUGAGAGAUGCUUCAAGCUGGCUUUCCAGUUGACGCAGCAAAAUUGGCCAAAUCUAAUGUCAUAACACUAUAAAACACAAGUCACUCACCAUAUCGAAAUCGCGCACUAUUGAUCUAGCUAUUUGAUUAAAGACACCCAUAAAAAUACAUAAAACAAUUAGAAUCUUACAUACCUAUAAAGCUUGUUCAAUUAGUGAUUAACCAUCAUCCAAAUAAUUUAACAUUAUAAAUUUUAAG